UCUCUUUCAGCCGGUGCAAGAGAGGAAUCGUGUAUUCCUGUGUCUGUGUUGUGUCCGCGGUUUUAUUGUUUCUCACUGAAGACGUUGCCCGCCAUCGUGUUCAGGAGUGUGUCUAUGGGUGGAGGCGUCCCUGGCGAGAGGACAGGACCCUUACCCCGCCCCUCACGUCCUGCGGCGGGAAGUCCUUGACCAUCCCUAAGGACACUGGCCUUCACCACGCGACCUGCUCCUUCUUGCAUCAUCUCAGGAUGCGUCGCCUCGUGUUGAAGGUGCAGGUGUGGGUGGUGUCGCCUUGCCUUGCGUCUCUCCCUCGCAUGGAAACCGGUCGAGUAACGGCGCUCUCCUUCCUCCUAAACAUUCGUCUCUCCGCCAGUGUUGGUCUCCCUGAGCUGCAAAUAUCCCAGUUUGAUAAAAGAAAAGGAAAAGUUUGCUUAUAUAUGACCCAACAUUUAGGAGGCCGCAAUCAGAGUGAACAAGCGAAUCACAUACUGUUAACCUGCUAUGUUUCCAUGUACUCACCCACGCUUCCCUCUGUAAGUAUCAAGGACGUGAAGCACUCAAGCCAAAUCAAUGGAAGAAUACAUUAGCAGCAUUCUCAGCAUUAUGACGCAUCGCAGUGUCAAAGCGAAGAAUCAUCCUUCGAUAAUUCCCCUAAGGCAAGAAACUGGAAGCCACAAACGCCUUGAGGAACCCCGCUUUACUGUAUAAUAAAAUGUGCUAGAUAAUAAACUCUUCCCACGAG